AUGGGUGUGAAAGUUUCAAGACUCCUAACAAGACAACAAAAGAAAAGGCGGGUGGUGGUGGUUGGUGGUGGUAGCUAUGAGCUUGAUAUGUCUUAUAUCACAAAUCGCAUUUUAGCAAUGUCAUUUCCAGCCGAGCUAAUGAGAGCUAUGUAUCAAAAUCCUAUGAUACAAGUCAAGGCGUUUUUGCAAAAAAAGCAUCCUCGACAUUACAAGGUCUAUAAUUUAUGUACAGAGCAAGCUUAUGAUCCAUCUCUUUUUAAUAAUCUUGUGGAAAGAUUUCCGUUUGAUGAUAAUCAUGCCCCAUCGAUACAAAUGAUCAAGGGAUUCUGUGAAAGUGUCCAUUCAUGGCUUUCAAGUGACCCAAAGAAUGUUGUCUUCAUCCACUGCAUGGCGGGUAAAGGUCGAAUAGGGUUGAUGGUAUCAUGUUACUUGGUUUACGUCCGCAUGUUGGCAGAAGAGGCUCUUCCUGUUUAUGCAGAUAAAGGGUCCACAAAUUAUCUUCGAGUGAUGACACCAAGCCAACGGCGUUACGUCAACUAUUGGCAGAGAUCUCUUACCUUUCCAGAUGGCUGUUUACCAGAGGUUGCUGGAGAUGUGUGUGUGACAUUCUAUGAAAAGAACAUUGGGGGUCGUCUCUUCUAUGUUUGCUUUAACACCGGGUUUAUUGAAAAUGACUUGAUACAGUUUUCGAUAGCAGAAUUGGAUAAAGUUGGAACUAAGGGCAAUUCUAUAGCAGGUUCGGAGUUCCGAUUGGAGAUGCUUUUUAGUCCGGCGAACGAUAAACCUAAUGACUCAUAG